CAUUCACCGGCAAAGAUGGUGUACAACGGAGACGAGGUCUCUGCCAUCGUGGUGGAUUUCGGUUCACACACCACGCGAGCAGGGUACGCAGGCGAAGAUUGUCCUCGCGUUGUGUGUCCUUCUUUUUACGGGUACACCGAGGAAUCUGAUGCGUCGACGUCGAGCGGAGCUGCGAAUGGAAAUGGGGAGGAUGUACCGAUGGAUGGGAGUGUCGUGAAUGGCUCCAAAGGUAAACGCAGGUACUAUGUUGGGGAGAGCGGAGUUCCAGUAUGGAGGAAGGGCAUGGAAGUGGACAAUUUCAUGUUGGAUGGGAUUGUACACGAGCUCGAACCUGCGGCACAACUCCUUCACCAUCUCUUGACGGACAGAUUAUCUGUGGAUCCCACAGAACACCCGCUCAUGUUUACCGAGCCAGCUUGGAAUACACCGGCGUCGAGGGAGAACCUGACACGUAUGGCGUUCGAGCAAGAAGGUGUUCCAGCAUUGUACUUUGGAUCAUCGGGAGUACUCUCUGCCUUUGCGGCGGGCAAACCAACCGCUCUGGUCCUCGAUGUAGGAUACGCCAAUACGAGUGUUGUCCCGGUCGUCGAUGGAUAUGCACUGCGUGCAGGUACCAAGCGACAACCCCUCGGCUCAGCUCUUCUUCUCUCUCAACUCCAACAUCACUUCAAAUCCCCUACCUCCUCACGAAACUUUCCUCUCACCCUUACGCCUCGUCAGUUGCUGGCCAAACGGGAUCCAACGCCCGAAUCAGGUAUGCAAGUCAAUCCUGUGCUCAGAACGGACCGAGUCUCCAAUACCACUCCAUCCUGGCGUCAUUGGGCCGAGGGUAGCGUCGUGGAAGGAUGGAAAGAGUCUUGCGCCGAAGUCAUCAAUUACAAAGGAUUCGACUUUCAGACCGCUCGAGAACUACCUCAGACACUGUACGAGUUCCCAGAUGGUUAUCAGCAGCAAUUUGGCGAGGAGCGAUACAGGUUCACAGAGAUGUUGUUUGACCCUAAAAAUUACUUUGAUCAGUCUAUCGAGCCGCCUGCGGGUCUUCGCGUGGUUCAGUCAGGAGACCAUGCACACUCUCUGAAAGACCUCGUGCCGCUCUCUCAGCUCGUCCAUGAUUCCAUCAUGGCCUGCGACGUGGACGUCAGAGCGGCCCUCUUGCAGAAUAUCGUGGUGGUCGGCAACACGUCUUUGAUCAAGGGCUUGACUGAACGUUUGGAUUUGGAGCUCGCGGCUUUGAUGCCUAGUCAAAAGAUCAAAAUCCAUUCGCCCACCAUUCCAUUUGAGAAAAAAUUCUCGUCUUGGGUCGGAGGCUCUGUUCUGGCGAGUUUGGGUACGUUUCAUCAGCUGUGGGUCACGAAGGAUGAGUAUGAGGAGCAUGGGAUGGCAAUUGUGCACCAGAGGUGCAAGUAAAGUGUAGCCCAGGGUCUUGAGCUCCAUGCAUGGCAUGCUGUCCCA